AUGACGCGGCGAUCCCACUUUGGUGACCUUCAAUUUCUUCACUUCAUGGGCAACGCCGUGGGAGAGAAGCCUGAGGUGACGCGCGAGAAGCUGCUCAUGUGGAUGGGUAUCAUGUGCCAGCUCUCCCUGGACCAGGACGGCGCCUCGAAGAACGACAGCGUGUCCAGGCACCUCCCGGAGUCGCUGUUCCCGCGCUCAGAAUGGGCCUCGGUCUCGCUGCGCGCCCUUCUUGUCGCCACGACACUGAGCUACCGCCUCACCGACGUUCGCCGCCGCGCCUUGGGCGUCUGCCUACACAUAGUCCAAGACUCGUACGCUGUCAGCCACACCAAGCUCCCCUCCCACUAUCAUCAUUAG